UCGGUCACGAAAACAUGGCUGCCGUAUUUACCUUGUCAAAUUCAGGCUUGAAAUAAUAGUCCAUAAUUUGUGAUACUAGGAGUCAUCGAUAUUUCUCAGUAUGAGUUCUGAGGAUUUAGAAGGUUCUGUUGCUAGUGGAGGGGACUCUUCGACAUCCAGUGGUCUUGGUGCCUUCCACUGUGAUGGGCUGAGAGCCUCGGACGUCCUUCCUAUCCUGAGAGAGAAGAUUGCUUAUUGCUCAGGAGGAAGAGAUAAACGAGGAGGACCCAUCUUAACCUUUCCAUCUAGACCUAGCUUGGAGAAAGUCAAACCAGAAGACCUACGCCGUGUCGUCUACUACCUCAGCACGAUACCAAGUGAUGAGGCAAGAAAUCUUGGCUUCAGUGUUAUCAUUGAUAUGAGAGGAUCCACCUGGAGUAUUAUCAAACCAGUCCUCAAGGUCUUGCAGGAAUGCAUACCUGACCACUUCCUCAAAGUUCACAUUAUCAAACCGGAGAAGUUUUGGCAGAAGCACAGGACCAGUCUCGGCAGCUCCAAACUCAAAUUUGAAACCAGCAUGAUAUCCCUGGAACACCUACACGAGGUCAUUGACCCCUCACAACUCACCCCAGAAUUGGAUGGUACCCUGACUUAUGAACAUGAAGAAUGGAUUCAACUCAGAAUGGCUGUAGAGGAUUUCCUAACCAAAGCCUCGGAGCUCAUGCAUCGCCAAGACCACCUAAAGCGGGAGAUGAACUGCACUAACUUUGCCAUGACCAUAGACGGCGCCCAGCAGCAAAUUGAGGAGCACACGCACCUGCGGGAACAGGUGCUGGAGAUACCGGUGGAGCAGAUCAACCAGGAUGGACAGAGGCUGCUUAGGAGAAUUUGCAGUGGUUUCAAUGGAGAUGAGUCUACAACCACAGACUCAGGCUACUGCGGCAGCUCACAUGGUAGUUUCACCAGUAUGUCUAGCAUUGCAGCUAGCGCUGACUUCCAUGGUGUGGUACCCCGUGUCAAUCGCAUGAUGGACAGUGUGACAGCAACCAGGCAACAGCUUCACCAACUCUGGCAGAUCAGAAAGCUGAAGCUGGAGCAGUGUUUGGAACUCAGACUAUUUGAACAGGAUGUUCAGAAGAUGUUUGAAUGGCUGGCCCACCAAAAGGAACUCUUUCUCCUCAAUCACACCGAGAUUGGCAGCAAUUCACAGAGUGGGGAGGAGUUACAGGAGGAACAUAACUUGUUUGCAACCCAAGCGAUGGGUAUGUACGUCCAGAUCAACCAGAUAGUUGGCAUCGCCUCACGCCUGAUGGAAUCAGGACAUUAUGCAGCUGAACAAAUUGAACGACUCACCCACAAGCUGGAGCAGAAGUGGCGUGCAUUUGCUGUAGCCUUGGAUGAGAGGAGUACCCUGCUGACUAUGUCUGUAGCUUUCCAUCAGAAAGUUGAAGAGUACAUGGCCAAUCUCUUUGGCUGGGCUGAACAAUGCCAAGAGGAGGAUGAGAUACCUACCGAGAUACCAGAGCUAGAGGCCAAACUUCAUCAACACCAGAAACUUUUUGAGACCAUCAGCCAGUGCUACUCAGAUCUUUGUGGGGAUGGGAAGUCACUGCUAGAUGCUUUACAGCAACCCCUCAGUCCCGAGAGCGAGAACUCCGUCACUGCACAGACUGAUUACACGGCCUCAGCGAGUCACGUCUUAGAUCUCAUCCAUAAGGUGCUACAUCAUCAUCGACAGCUAGAUGAGCUGUGGCAGGCUAAGAAGAUGGUGCUGUGUCAACGUAUUCAGCUCUGUGUAUUCCAGCAGGAUGCGGCACAGGUGCUCUACUGGUUGGAGAAUUACGGUGAGGAGUUUUUGGCAAAGCACACAGGUGUUGGCAAAACAUUGCACAAAGCCAGAGCCUUACAGAAGAAGCAUGAAGAGUUUGAAGCCAUUGCUCAGAACACCUUUACCAAUGCGGAUCGCCUGUUAGCCAACGCAGGCCAGCUAGCCCAGACAGGAGAGUGUAAUCCCGAAGAAAUCUACCAAGUGGCUAGGGUACUGGAAGAGAAAGUCCGUGACUUCAUCACACGGACAGAAUGUCGAAAGCAGUUGCUUGAUAUGUCCGUUUCCUUCCACACACAUGCAAAAGAGCUAACAGCGUGGUAUAAGGAACUACAGGAAAGUUUGAGCACAGAGGAGACAUCAGAGCUGGUAGAGGAGGCCGAAGAAGACUUGGCCAAAUUUGAGCAUCAGAGGGACAUUACCAUUGACGCCUCAGUCAAUACCAUCAGUGAAGGCCAGAACCUGGUGGAUCAUCUAAGGCAAAUUGCCAUGGAUACAGGCAAAGUGUCCUACAACGGGGCAUGCAGCCACAUUGAAGGCAUCCUUCAUAACUUGGAAGAAGGAAGGUCUAAGCUGGAUAGCCUGUGGGCCAGUCGACGGAUGAAGUUAGAACUUUGCCUACAACUUCGGCAGUUUGAGAGAGAUGCCUUAGAGCUGUCCACCCAGCUGCCAAGGUACACCACCGAGAUGCACAGUGCUGAUUUCAACUUUGACAUCGACACUGCUGACCUGAUGCUGAAGGAACACUUAGAUUUCUUUGAUGGCGUUCAAGAGAGAACAGUGCAACUCAUACAGAAAGGUCGCGACCUUUUACAACUCUUAGAGUCCACAGGCAUUGAAUUGAUGACUGGUGGUCAGUUCACAGCCCAGACCAGGGUUCAAGUUCUCCUAGAUGACAUCAAAGAUGGAUAUCUGGAGCUGGAGGACAUUGCUGAGACACGGCGAGCCAAGCUAGAACAAUGCAGGAACCUCAGAGAAUUUGAGAUUGAUGCUGAGCAGGUUGAGAGUUGGAUAAAGAGUGCAGAGAAGAUGCUUCUGAUGGUAACGGCUGUACCCAACAGCUUUGAGGAAGCUGAGAGAUUACAGAAAGAACAUCAACAGUUUGAAAAUGCCAUAGAGAAAACUCAACAAAGUGCAAUACGUCUCCAUGACAAUGCCUACAAGUUGUUAGAGGUGCAUCAUUAUGACAGUGAACGUAUUCAGAGCAUUGCUACUAGUGUUGACCUGCGAUGGUCGCGUUUGGUCUUACGGUCUGAAGACAGACGCAAGUUGUUUCAGUAUGCAGCCAGCUUCUAUAAGACAUCAGAACAGGUCCAGUCAGUGCUGGAGGAUCUCCAACGAGACUACACCAGAGAUGAAGACUGGUGUAGCGGUGGCCGGGAACACUUCAGCCCAGUCUCAGAGACUGAGAUGCUGAAGCUGAUUCAGAAACAUCAAGAUCAGAAGGAAAGUUUCCUCAGGGCAUGCACCAUGGCCAGACGCAAUGCUGAGAGCUUCUUAAAGUAUCUCAAGAAAUGUAACAGUGGCCAACCUGCUGUCUCACCUCCAUCCAGUGUUGCCAGAGGACCUGAGACUUAUGUCAAGAGAAUCCUGGAGGAGUUAUUGUGCCAAGAAGACAAAGUUCUUGAGAGUUGGACACAGAAGAAGAAGCGACUGGACCAGUGCCUGCAGUACGUCUUGUUUGAACGCAGUGCAAGACAGGCCUUGGAGUGGAUCCAUGAUACAGGAGAGUUCUACCUCUCAACUCACACCAAUGUAGGAGAUAAUCCUGAAGAGACUCAAGCACUGCUUAAGGAGCAUAAUGAGUUUAAAGGAACUGCCAAGGAAACAAGAGAGAAGGUGAAAUUGCUGCUACAACUUGCCAACAGCCUGGUGGAGAAGGGUCACCUCCACGCCUCUAGCAUCAAGUCAUGGGUGUCAGCCGUGGACAAUCGUUAUCGGGACUUCUCCCUGCGAAUGGACAAGUACAGAGCACAGCUAGAGGGAAAGCUAGGACUGAGUCACGAGGAAGAUGCAAAGGACCUGUCCAUCGACCAUCGUAUGUCUGAUACCAGCCUGGAACUCAAGUUGCGAGAUGCCAAAGAGAUGAAUGAAGAUAAGAGAAAGUCAGCACGGAAACGAGACUUCAUCAUGCAGGAACUUCUGCAGACAGAGAAAGCAUACGUGAGAGAUUUACACUGCUGCAUCAAUAAUUACCUUUGUGAGAUGGUGGCAUCAGUGGUGGAAGUACCCCCAGGAAUUGUGGGUAAAGAACACAUCCUGUUCGGCAACAUUGAGGAGAUCUACAACUUUCAUAAGGAUAUCUUCUUGAAAGAAUUGGAAAAGUAUGAAGCUAUGCCGGAGGAUGUAGGCCAUUGCUUUGUGACAUGGGCGGACAAAUUUCAGAUGUAUGUAACAUAUUGCAGGAACAAGCCAGAUUCUAAUGCCUUGUUGAUGGAUCAAGCAGGAACUUUCUUUGAGGAGAUCCAAAAGAAGCAUGGUUUAGGGCUGUCAGUGCAGGCCUACAUCAUCAAACCAGUCCAAAGGAUCACUAAAUACCAGCUUUUACUCAAGGAUUUAUUGGCAUGCUGUGAGGAAGGCAAGGGAGAGAUCCGGGAAGCUCUUGAAGUCAUGCUGAUGGUGCCCAAGAAAGCCAACGAUGCCAUCCAUCUAAGCAUGCUAGAAGGCAUGAAUGGUAACAUGGAUGUGAAUGGUGAGGUGAUUCUCCAAGACUCUUUUCAAGUCUGGGAUCCCAAGCAGAUUUUCCGUAAGGGUCGGGAGAGACACAUCUUCCUCUUUGAACUCUUCCUGGUCUUCAGCAAGGAGGGCAAAGACAGCACUGGCAAGAACAAGUACAUCUUCAAGAGCAAGCUGGAUACAUCAGAUCUUGGUAUCACAGAGCACAUAGAGGGUGAUAGCUGUAAGUUUGCUUUGUGGACAGGGAGUACACCAUCCUCGGACAACAGAAUAGUACUCAAGGCAUCCAAUUUGGAAGUCAAACAGGAAUGGAUUCGUAAGAUGAGGGACAUAGUCACUGAACGACAAGUCCAUUUACGUGCAGCUCUUAUGGAUUCCACCAAGCUAACAGCACCCAAAUUUGCUGCCAAGAAUGCCUCAUCAUCCAGAAGCUUGAUCCAGAAAACCACAAGGGGUGCAAAUCUUGAGGACAGUUUCCUUGACGAUCUUCUGCUGCCCCCUAGAGGUGACCGAGACUCACUCAAUUCCGUCUCCACAACAAAUACGACUGCCACGGUAGACAGUGACAAAGACCUGAGAGAAAGCUCAGAGUUUGUUGUGGUCGUUGAAGACUUUGAAGCUCACCACCCUCAGGAGAUCUCUGUCCAGAAAGGGCAGACAGUGGAGGUACUGGAACGACUGUCUACACAGCCAGACUGGGCCUUGGUGAGAGCAUUAUCACCAGACCACACAGGACCUGUCCAGGGUUUGGUACCAUUGAGUCAUCUAGUGGCAUCAAGCUCUGAAUGUUCAGAUCUAGAGGCAGGAUCAACUAACAGCGCCUUGCCUAUCAACAACAACGAUCAUCCUAUACCAAAGAGGAAGGGCAGUAUAAAGAAGUGGCUAACGAGCCCUGUCAGAAAACUAAGUACCAAACAAUUGGAGAGAAUAGACGGCCCCAAAGGAAGGAAACUCAACGAAGACUUGGCAGUAAAGCAACAAAUUGGUGAUGAAGCCAAUGAGGAAGACCCUCUGAAAGAGGACCCACCCCUAGCUGCUGGAGAAGAUUUGUUGGAAGACGUGAGUGGACCCAGCCGUCACCUACAUGAGCGUGUGUCAGCAGUGAGCCAAGAGGAUCUCCUGGCACCCCGCCCAUCCGCAACCACAGUUCCCCCUGAAUCGCCAGUCGAUGACGAAGACAAUCUGGAGCCGAUUGAGGCAGUACCGUUACCUCCACCCAUGGAGCUGCAGAAUCACUCCACCCUGAUCACUCGUACUGCCUCCUCAGAAAAGGAGGAAGGACAGGAGUCACUUCUGUCCCUUGGCCCCACACCUGAUGUGGCUGGCUCAGGACCGGACCCAAUCUCCGAAAUUGAGCAAAUGGUUGGCCAGAAAAGGGAGGAUGGGGAAGGUGUCAAUCCCUCAAAGGAUUUUGCCAACACCAAUGGUGACGCAUCUGAGGCAGACAAAGAAGGUCAAUCAGGCCAAGCUGAGGAGGAUGAGGUAGCCAAAGGAGACAUCAGUCUGGGUGAUCUAGAGCAGACAACAUCACCUACAUCUGAUGACGAAGGGGAGACAGGCGAUACAGAGGCACAGCAGGAAGAGGCCAAGAAAGAAGCAGCUCUUCAGAAGAGAUCAUACAUUAUGGCUGAAAUACAGGAGACAGAGAAGGAUUAUGUGAAAGACCUGGGCAAAAUUGUAGAGGAAUACAUUGUGUUCCUCAAAGAUGAGAAUUGUCAGAAACCAGAAGGUCUUGAAGAAGGCAAGAUAAAGAUAGUUUUUGGUAACAUCCAUCAAAUAUAUGACUGGCAUAAAGAAACUUUUUCUGCAGAGAUUGCCAAGUGUUUUGAAAAUCCUGGACUCCUUGGAGGCCUCUUUAAGAAAUACGAGAGGAGGUUACAGAUGUACGUGGUUUAUUGCCAGAACAAGCCCAAAUCAGAAUUCAUUGUCUCAGAGUAUGAAUCAUUCUUCGAUGAAGUACGAGUCAAACUAGGUCACAAGUUAGCCCUGGCUGAUCUCCUAAUUAAGCCAGUCCAACGAAUCAUGAAAUAUCAGCUGCUUCUGAAGGAUUUCCUGAAACAGACAAAGAAGGCUGGGUUAGACACAGAAACACUGGAGGCGGCAGUUCAGAUAAUGUGUGUUGUCCCUAAGAGAGCCAACGACAUGAUGGCCAUCAGCAGACUACAAGGCUUUGACGGGAAGAUCACUGCCCAAGGGAAGCUUCUACGUCAAGGCACUCUCAGCAUCACCGAGAACCUCAGCAACAUGAAGUUCAAGGAGCGGAGGGUCUUCAUGUUUGAGCAGAUCAUUAUCUUCAGCGAGCCACUGGAGAAGAAAAAAGGGAGCUUCAACAAUCCGGAAAAAAAAGUCAACACCUUGUCCAUACAAGACAUCGAAGAUGAGCCUUUGCAGUUUAAACUGAUUGAGCGAGGAGGAGAGAAGUUCUUGAUCCAGACGCAGACACCAGAAGAGAAGAGUACUUGGUUUCAAGAGAUACGAGAUCUGUUGAAUCAGCAGCAGGACUUCUUACGAGCAUUACAGUCUCCAAUACAAUACCAGAAGGGUCUGGACUCUACCGACAAGAAAGGACCAGAACCAGCCCCUCCAGCCAAAGCUUCAUCAGCUAGCAGUAUGUUCUCCAAACUACGCAAGUCCAACUCACAGACAAGUGACCAGCCCGCCUCUUCACUUCAAAAGCAGCACGCCCUCUUCAGUAGUCUUAAAAGCCAUCGUAAGAACCAGACAGCACCGGCCGCCAUCUCGCUGGCUGAGUUAAAGGAUAAAGAGAAGGCAGCCAAGAAGAAACCUCUGAGCGGGCAACCUGAGGAGCCUACAUCCCCACCUGUCCUGCCCACACAGCCAGAAGACAAGACUGAAAAAGAUGGACUCAAAACUCAGAACCAUAAGAACUCAUGUGAGAAGGAGAACCAGCAAAGUGGCUCACCCUCACUGCGCAAGAAGUUCUUUGACGGGUUGUUUCACUCGUUCCGACCAAGUAAGUCCAGGGACACGUCCCCGAUGGGAUCCAAAGAGAGUUUGAAGGGAGGCAAGGAAACAGGGUCAUCCAAGGAGAGCAUAGACAAGAAUAGUAACAAAUCAUCCCCGCUGUCAAGCAACGUGGAUCUAGCAGGUGCAUCACCUCUGGAUCAGGAAUCCGAUGCACAGAGGAACUCUAAGAGUCCGCUCAAACGAACUCAGAGUGCACGAGAUUCUGUACCUACUAAAUCCAGCCAAGGUGGAUCCACAGGAUCACUGACCUUGCCUAAGAGUGGCACACCACCACCACCCCUGGAUACCACACCAAGCCCAGUUGGGCUAGCAGCUCCCCCGCCAAGCAGGGAAGGGGUCUCCCCAAGAUCCAAGCGAGCCUCCACAGGGUCCAUCCAAAAAGACCAAGAGCUAGGCGCCAGUGGGAACAGGAAGGUAUCGUUAGACUCGUCACCCUACCGGAGUAGAAAUAUUGUUGAAAACAGAGCAAUGGAGGCCUCUGGAGCAACGCAAAAUCGACUCAGCUACACAUCUGUGUCCAGUGCUGAAGGAGAUGAUACAUUUGUUGAGUCCACAUGCAUGUCUCCAAUCAUCUCCAACUACACGGCAGUAAAGGAAGAUGAAAUCACGGUUACCAAGGGUGACAUGGUGCAGAUUCUGGCUGCCAAUCAGCACAACAUGUUCUUGGUUCAUCGAGCCUCUUCGCAAGACUCACCAGCAGCUGAGGGUUGGUUGCCUGGUCGUGUCCUGGGUAAUACAAAGGAUCUCCUAGGAAACCAAGGAAGCUCUCCUACACAAGCUGAUCCCACUUCUGCCACCAGCAGUGAAACAACCCCGAAGAAAACAUCUUCAUGGCAUGAGGCAUUUCGAAUCCGCCGAUCAGGUCACAAGUCAGAUCGGAAGGAGAAACAUUUCCUGCCUAAGAUGAGAUCCUGGACAGGAUCUGACAGUAGCAUGGAUAGCAGCAAAGGAAGUCAUCAGCGAGAAAAGGAUUCCAAAGGAUCUAAAAUAGCCGCCAAGCUACUCUAUCCACACGUUGUCUAUGAAUCUGCCCCAGAGUUCUCUAGCCCCCUCACCAAUCUGACAAUCAACGAGGAUGACGACCUCGUCUUGACCUGCCAAGUGUUUGGCAAACCAACGCCCACCAUAACCUGGGAAGGCCCGCCCACCUCAGCUCCCCUCAGACGAGACCAUCGGGUCCGGAUGGUAGAGAAAGAGAACGGGAUUGUUCGUCUGGAGAUUUCUAGCCUCCGAAGUGAAGAGAAGGGAGAAUAUUCGUGCAUAGCUACUAACAGUGUGGGUUCACAGACAUGUACUGCACUGGUAACUGUCAGAGGGAAACCUAAACCACCGAGCAAUCUAAGUGUGCAUGAUGUCCGAGCAACCUCUGUUGUCAUCAAAUGGGAUGCACCAGAACGCACUAGACAUAGUCCUAUUAUUGCUUACACAGUGGAAUAUGCAUUGCAAGGAAUGAAAACGCUGAAGUGGCAAAUCGCAGCUGCCUAUGUCACUGACCUCUUCUUCAGGGCAGAUGACCUCAACCCAGGGUCAAGUUAUUACUUCCGGGUCAGUGCUAACAACGAUGUUGGGAUCAGCUUGCCAAGUGAGGCCUGUGAAGUCACCACAUUGUCAUCCGACUUAGAAACUGAAUCUGAUUUUGGAUCAGCUGCAUUUUGGCAGCAAGGAUUUCAAAGUACAUUCAACGUCACUGCAGAAUUGGGACGUGGAAGAUUUUCAGUGGUGAAAAUGUGUUAUGACAAGGAAACACGGAGGGAGGUUGCCGCAAAGUGUAUCAGCAAAAAGCUGAGGAGUGUGGAGCUGGUAGAGAAUGAAGUGGCUGUUCUAGGAUCUCUCAGUCACCCCUCUAUAUACAGUUUGCUUGGAUGCUACCAGAAGCACCAACAGUUUGUUCUGAUUUUGGAUCUGAUUCCUAAUGGUCGUCUCUUAGAGCACCUGAUCAGCCUUCCCAUUGUGACCGAACAACAUAUCGCAGCUUACAUCUGUCAAAUCCUAGAGAUAUUGACUUACCUUCAUGGCCGUUGCAUCGCUCACCUAGACAUUAAGCCUGAGAAUUUCAUGGUGGAUAUGAGUUCCUUGUUUCCUGUGGUGAAGUUGAUCGAUUUUGGUGAUGCAGCCUUUAUUGGUGAGCAGCCCUACAUUCACACACUGCUUGGUAGCCCUGAGUUCUCACCACCAGAACUUGUCAAUAGAGGGAAUGCCAGCCUCAAAUCAGAUAUCUGGUGAGUG